GGUUACAAAGGUGUUUUCCUGUUGUAUAAAGAGCUGUGUGGUCGCUUCUUAGCGCUAUCUUUCGCUGCUUCCAUCCCAUCUCGCGCACCUCAUCGCUCUAAGAGUGUAGGAAAACGUCCUGUUGUCAGCAACUCCCUGCAUGAAAACAACGUUCAGCAUGAGCCAGCUUUCCUAUCUACGUGAGCGGCCAUGCUGUCUCAUGAACCGGGCUCCGAGCCAGUCAUCGACGGGUGGUCGCAGGCCCCUUCUUGCCACAGCCACCGACGCCCAUGGCACCCUCCUCAAGUCAUUCAGCCUGCAUGCAAGGCCAGCAGCACCAGAACCAGUGCUAUCCAUACAUGCAGCGCAGUCCGUACGACACGUCUCCCGCCCAUCUGGUAGCCCGGCGGGUGUCAGGAGGGCACCAGCACGUGUCGUACACGCCGCCGCCGCCGCCUCCUCCAGCAAUGACGACUCGGAAGGCGCUGUUGUUCCCCCCUCCUCCUCUUUCUCCUCUUCCUCCUCUGCAGCGCCAGCAGCAGCGGCAAGGGAGGCGGAGCACGCAGCGCCCGGCGACCAGGUUUCUGACCAGCCGCCCUCGGCCGCCGGCUUCAGCUUCGCCUGCCCCAUCUGCCUGCAGACGCAGUUCAGACUGGCCGGCAUGCCCACGCACUCCGGCGAGCUCUGCUGCCCCCGCUGCCGGCGCUCCUUCCCCGCCUCGCCCGCCUUCCUGGAUCUCACCCCCACCAGCGGCGCGCAGCAGCGGCUGUACCGGCAGCGGGGCUGGGGGGGCACCGAGCUGUUCAGGAGUCCGCUGGUUAGCUUCGCGUACGAGCGGGGCUGGCGGCAGUCCUUCGCCUGGGCUGGCUUCCCCGGGGUGGAGGCGGAGUACGAGCAGGCGCUGUCGUACCUGCUGCCUGCGGGGGCGGGCCGGGUGCUGGUGGACAUGUCGUGCGGCAGCGGACUGUUCGCCAGAAGGUUUGCCCGCAGCGGGCGCUUCUCCGGUGUGAUCGCGGCGGACUUCAGCGAGGCCAUGUUGCAGCAGACACGGGCCUACUGCCAGCAGGAGGAGGCGGGAGGCGGGGGCGGCAGGAGCUCCACCCCCCUGAUGCUGCUGCGUGCUGACGUGGGCCGCCUGCCGUUCCCCACCGGCAGCGUGGCGGCACUGCACGCGGGGGCAGCCAUCCACUGCUGGCCAGACCCGCAGGGCGCGCUCGCUGAGAUCAGCCGUGUGCUGGCGCCCGGGGGUGUGUUUGUGGCCUCCACCUUCCUCAACGCAGCGGCGCCACUGGGGGCGGUACUGGGGGACGAGGCGGUGCGCCCGCUCAGCCAGCUGGACCUCACCACCGGCUUCGGCUCCCUGCGCGCCCCCUACCGCUGGUGGGAGGAGGGCGAGCUGCGGGAGCUGUGCGAGGCGGUGGGGCUGGGCGGGUGGCGGCGGGAGCGGCGCUGGCGCUUCAUCAUGUUCGCGGCCAGCAAGCCGGAGUGAGGGAGGGGGGGUCGGAAAAGGGGGUUUCCACAAGCCGCCGCGUGUGGUAUAUAACUGUAAUGAGCGCAGCUGUUACGAUGAGGAGAGGUGCACUGGAGUGAUCGGCUUGGGAAACCACGGAUUGGGGCAAAACAAUGGAGUGGGGAC